AUGGCUGAAAACGAGAAAGCCGAUACCAGUUCUGACCCGAGUUCAAUUCAACACGAUGAGAUACAGGAAUCCCAGCACCAGUAUCGUUCCCGACAGAACUCGCGGGCAUACGAAGAUGACACCGUACUGUUUGAGGAGAUUAACCCAGAGGGGAAGGCAGAGUUAACUCGCAUUGCCUCGAAUUUUCCUGGACGCACUACAUCGUUCUCUGGUACCAGCGGCAAGGGCAUUCAAAGGAUGGAUACGGUCGAUGAGAUGGCCCUCGAAGACCCCGCAUUUGAUCCUAAAAGCGACCAAUUCGAUCAUUAUAAAUGGGCCCGCAAGAUGAUGAAGUUGAUGGACAAGGAGGGCGUCCCGCGACCAGCUUCCACUGGAAUCUCCUUUCAGAACCUCAACGUUUCGGGCUCUGGGUCUGCUUUGCAGUACCAGGAUACCGUGGCGUCCUUUUUCACAGCCCCUUUGCGACUCCGCGAGGUCUUCUCACGUCGUGCUCCAGAGAGACACAUAUUACGUGACUUCAACGGUCUGAUCAGGAGUGGCGAACUGUUGAUCGUUUUGGGGCGACCAGGCAGUGGCUGCUCUACUUUUCUCAAAACAUUAUGUGGCGAGCUACAUGGGUUGAAGCUAUGGGAAGGGUCUCAGAUUCAGUACAAUGGAAUCUCGAUGGAGACCAUGAUGCGAGAGUACAAGGGAGAGGUCCUUUAUAACCAGGAGGUGGACAAACACUUUGCGCAUCUUACAGUUGGACAAACCUUGGAAUUCGCAGCAGCAGCAAGAACUCCCGAGAAGCGUUUGCAGGGCGCAAACCGACAGCAAUUUGCCAAAUAUGUUACUCAAGUCGCAAUGUCAAUUUUCGGUCUUUCACACACGUACAACACCAAGGUUGGCGAUGACUAUAUCAGAGGUGUAUCCGGUGGUGAGAGAAAGCGAGUCAGUAUUGCCGAAAUGGCCCUAUCCGGAGCGCCUGUCGGAGCAUGGGACAAUAGUACUAGGGGUCUUGAUUCAGCUAGCGCCCUGGAGUUUGCCAAAGCGUUGCGUGUUUCAGCCAACGUAGCAGGCACCUGCCAUGCGGUGGCAAUUUACCAGGCUUCGCAAGCAAUUUACGACAUCUUCGAUAAAGCCAUCGUCCUAUACGAGGGAAGAGAAAUCUACUUCGGUCCUUGCAGUGGCGCAAGGGAUUAUUUUAUCAAUAUGGGCUGGUACUGCCCACCACGACAGACAACAGGUGACUUUUUGACGUCCGUCACAAAUCCCCAGGAGCGCAAAGCCCGGGAGGGGAUGGAGGACAAAGUCCCGCGAACCCCCGAUGAGUUUGAGAAAUACUGGAAGAACAGCCCGCAAUUCGCUGAGCUUCGUCAGGAUAUCGCCCAACAUUCCGAGGAGUUUCCUGUGGGAGGAGAGACAGAGCAGACUUUUGGCCAGGUUAAGCGAUUCAGACAAGCGAAGCAUGUCCGGCCCAAGAGUCCCUAUGUUAUCUCGAUUCCGAUGCAAGUCAAGCUGUGCACAAUCAGAGCUUAUCAGAGAAUUUGGAACGAUAAACCUUCUACGCUGACGACAGUCAUUGGCCGAAUUGUGAUGUCUCUCAUUAUUGGUUCAAUCUACUUUGGGACACCAAACGCUUCUGCUGGCUUUCAAAGCAAAGGAGCUGCUCUGUUCUUCGCUGUCCUAAUGAACGCUUUGAUCAGUAUAACGGAAAUCAACUCGCUAUAUGAUCAACGCCCAAUUGUCGAGAAGCAGGCUUCGUACGCCUUUGUUCAUCCUUUCGCCGAGGCGUUUGGUGGUAUCGUCUCCGAUAUCCCUGUCAAGUUUGUCUCUGCUGUCGUCUUCAACAUUAUCUUUUACUUCUUGGCUGGCUUGCGAUAUGAACCCUCGCAGUUCUUUAUCUUCUUCUUAUUCACCUUCCUCAGCACACUCGCCAUGUCGGCAGUCUUUCGUACGUUGGCUGCAUCGACUAAGACACUCUCGCAAGCAAUGUCCAUGGCUGGAGUGCUAGUCUUGGCCAUUGUUAUCUACACCGGUUUUGUGAUUCCCACACCACAAAUGUCUGAUGUCCCUUGGUUCAGCUGGAUUCGAUGGAUCAACCCGGUCUUUUACACCUUCGAGGCUAUGAUAGCAAACGAGUUCCACGGCCGGAGGUUCGAGUGCUCUCAAUUUGUUCCUGCCUAUCCGAACCUGAGCGGCGAUUCAUUUAUCUGCGCUGUCCGGGGAGCAGUGGCCGGAGAAAGGACUGUCUCAGGCGACAAUUACAUCUACUCGCAGUAUCGCUAUACCUACGAUCACGAAUGGAGAAACCUGGGCAUUCUGAUAGCCUUCUGGAUUUUUUUCACCGUCAUCUACUUGGUUGCAACUGAGAUCAACUCUGCGACGUCUUCCAAGGCUGAGUUCCUUGUUUUUCGUCGUGGCCACCUACCAGCCAAUAUGCGUCAUCUCGAGAAAGACCAAGGGGAUGCUCCGCCUGUGAAUACUGAACUGGCUGAAAAACCCACUGAAGUGGCCGCAGAUACUUCUGCCAUUCCGGAACAGCACAGCGUUUUCACGUGGCGGAAUGUAUGCUACGAUAUCCCCGUUAAGGGAGGUCAGCGCCGAUUGUUGGACAACGUUUCUGGAUGGGUCAAACCAGGCACAUUAACCGCUCUGAUGGGUGUUUCUGGGGCUGGUAAAACGACCCUCCUUGACGUACUCGCAAAACGUGUGUCUAUUGGUGUUGUAACUGGAGAUAUGUUUGUUGAUGGGAAACCACUGGACACCAGCUUCCAGAGGAAAACAGGUUACGUGCAGCAACAGGACCUGCAUCUCCCUACCACAACUGUGAGGGAAGCCCUGCGCUUUAGCGCUGUGCUGCGCCAGCCAAAGACGGUUUCCAAUGAAGAAAAGCACAAGUACGUUGAGGAAGUCAUCGAGAUGCUUAACAUGCAGGAUUUCGCCGAUGCCAUUGUCGGUACCCCAGGCGAGGGCCUGAACGUUGAGCAGAGGAAGCUCUUGACCAUCGGUGUCGAACUUGCGGCUAAACCUGCGCUACUUAUCUUCCUUGAUGAGCCUACCAGUGGGUUGGACUCGCAGAGUUCUUGGUCGAUUUGCGCUUUCUUGCGUAAGCUAGCAGACCGCGGUCAAGCAGUGCUCUCUACCAUUCACCAGCCUAGCGCUAUGUUGUUUCAACAAUUUGAUCGUCUGCUUUUCUUAGCAAAGGGAGGCCGCACUGUGUAUUUUGGGGACAUUGGACAGGAAUCUCGGACCUUACUCGACUACUUCGAAGCCAAUGGAGCACGGGCAUGUGGCUCGUCGGAAAAUCCCGCGGAGUAUAUUCUCGAAGUCAUCGGCGCGGGUGCUUCUGGGAAGUCCACCCAGGACUGGCCAGUUAUCUGGAAGGAGAGCACGCAAGCCAGAGAUAUCCAGACCGAAAUUGACCGAAUCCACCAAGAACGGAGCUCAGCUACUACUGAGGACGACGACAACACGCACCAAGAAUAUGCUAUGCCAUUCACCAGCCAGCUAUGGCGUGUAACCCAGCGUGUGUUCCAACAGUACUGGCGCGAGCCAAUCUACAUCUGGGCGAAAUUGAUCCUAGCUGUUGCCUCCUCGCUUUUCAUUGGAUUUACCUUCUUCAAGCCCAGUAGCUCUCAGCAGGGAUUCCAGGACGUUCUGUUCAGUGCCUUUAUGCUCACGUCUAUUUUCUCCACUUUGGUGCAGCAGAUAAUGCCCAAGUUCGUCAUCCAACGCUCCCUAUACGAAGUUCGCGAAAGACCCUCCAAGGCCUACUCCUGGGCCGCCUUCAUCAUAGCUAACGUCCUGGUCGAAAUCCCCUGGCAAAUCCUCGCCGGAAUUCUCUCCUGGGCCUGCUACUACUUCCCCGUGUACGGCGCCAACCAGGCUCCGCACCGUCAGGGUCUAAUGCUCAUAUUCAUCGUCCAAUUCUAUAUGUUCACAUCGACCUUUGCAGCCCUCGUCAUUUCUGCCUUGCCAGAUGCCGAAACAGGCGGCACCAUCGCAACGCUCAUGUUCAUGCUGACCCUCAUCUUUAAUGGCGUCAUGCAACCGCCAAACGCGCUCCCAGGAUUUUGGAUCUUCAUGUACCGCGUGUCCCCACUCACGUAUCUCAUUUCGGGACUUACGUCGACGGGAUUGCACGCGCGAGCUAUCGAAUGCGCACCAGAGGAAAUGAACGUAUUUAACCCGCCCUCAGGACAGACUUGCGGCGAGUACAUGGCCGCAUUCCUCCAGGCCGCACCAGGAACACUUCACAAUCCCUCCGCAACAACAGGGUGCCAGUACUGUGCUCUCGACAACGCGGACCAGUACCUCGCUGGUUCAAACAUCUACUACUCCGAACGCUGGCGCAACUGGGGCAUUGGCUGGGCAUACAUCGGCUUCAACAUCAUGGGCACGGUGCUGCUCUACUACGUCUUCCGCGUCCGGCACUGGAACCCGACAAGUCUGGUUCGGGGCGUCAAGCAGGGGGGGCAGGUUGUUUGUCGGGUGUUUAAGAGGCGCAGUGGGGAGACGCCUAAGGGGAAGGAGGCGGAGAAUGGGCGGUUGUAUUGA